AUGGCAGGAAAGGACGGUGGUGAUGACGCGUGGCGGCGGCAGAGGUCGCUGCUUGAGGAGGAGAGGGAGAAGAAGGAAAAGGAGUUGGACGCUUUGGACCAGCUCAUGGAGGAGGCCGCGGCGCUGGACCCGAUGCGCCCGCGGCAUUCUCUGGCCCGCAGUCCUCCGCAGACUGCCCCAACUACCCCGGUGGCGCAGCAGCCAACGGCGAAGCGGCCGCUUCAGAGCCCUGAAGAGGUGAGUGACGCCAUUCGGAAGCGCCUAGGCGGUGACGACCCGCGCAGGAGGACGGGCGCCGGUGGGCCGCCAGCGGUUCCCCCCGUUGGCGGCAUACUCACGUCUGCCCCCCCUGCCCGCCCCAAAAGGACAAUCUCACCGGUACCGCCAACUGCCCCUGUUGCCGCCCCUGCUGCCGCCCCUGCGGUCGCGCACGCUGCCGCCCCUGCUGCCCCCCCAUCGUCUGCCGUGGAACAGGUGAACGCCUCUCCCAGCCAACCCGUAGCGCCCCGAGGUAAACUAGACGCGCAGGAGCUGAUCGACCUGACCCACCAAGCGGUGAGAGGCAUUGGGGCCAUAGCAAACGCGACUAACAAGUUGAACAUUGCUGACAAGACGGGCAUCGCGACGUAUGUCCUACGUUGGCCAGCUUAG